AUGGCGCUCCAACAACAUGAGCCUGCGCCAAUUGCGCCCCAAUCCUCCUUGUCAUUUACUCAAGGCUUCCUCCUCGGUCAGCUCUCGGUGGUACUACUGAUUGGAGCCUUCAUCAAGUUCUUCAUCUUUGGUGAAGCGCCGCCCCCUCCGUCCCGGGGCAUGUCCAAUCGCACAACCCACCGCCGCUACAGCUCAGUCUACAACCCACCGCAAGACGGUCAGAAAACGUUACGAGAAAAACCGUCCACGUCAAACGUCCUUCGUCCUGUACCUGCCACCUCUACUAAUACCCGCUCCAUCCUCCGCAAAACUUACUAUAGCGCCAUUCCGACCAACCCCACUAGCAAACAUGGCCGACACCGCAUGCACCAUUCAUCCCAUCAACCCGAGUCACUGGACUGGUUCAAUGUUCUCAUCGCACAGACAAUCGCUCAGUACAGGCAAACAGCCUACUCGCUCAAAGACUCGCCCACCUCCUCCAUCCUCAGCUCCUUGACAGCGGCCAUGAACAACCCGGAGAAGAAACCCUCUUUCAUAGACAAAAUCAAUGUGACGGACAUCUCGCUUGGAGAGGAAUUUCCUAUCUUCAGCAACUGUCGCAUCAUUGCCGUUGAUGACCCCAACUCAGACGGUGGACGGCUACAAGCCCUGCUGGACGUUGAUCUCAGCGACGACAACCUCUCCAUUGCCGUCGAGACAUCCAUGGUCCUAAACUACCCUAAGCCCAGAUCUGCGAUUUUACCAGUAGCGCUAUCUGUCUCAGUCGUGCGUUUCUCAGGCACACUCUGCAUCUCCCUCAUCCCAGCAUCGACCGAACCACUCCACACACCCGCCGGAUCACCAGCACAACCAGCAGAGCCGGGUUACAAUGCAGACCGCACAAGCUCAGACGACCAGCUCCCGCCGAAAAGUAGCCCAAAGAGCAAUGUCGCCUUCUCCUUCCUCCCCGACUACCGUCUGGAUCUCUCAGUCCGCUCACUCAUCGGAUCCCGCAGUCGUUUACAGGAUGUGCCCAAAGUAGCUCAACUAGUCGAGGCACGCGUCCACGCCUGGUUUGAAGAGCGCGUCGUCGAACCCCGUGUUCAAGUCGUCGGUCUUCCAGACCUGUGGCCUCGCAUGGGCAGGACAGGUGUCCGGACAGGCGAGGACUCGGACGCCGGGUCGACAGCCCCACCACGAAGUGCUGGCUCUGCCGAUGGAAGCUCAAUCCGCUUCCCUGAUAGUCAUGAACGAGAGCCAGAGGGUCUAAGGUUCCGAGGAGGUCUGGAUGCGCGGUUAGGGCUGGGCGCUGGCUCCCGCACAAGUAGCUUUAAUGUUGAUAUGGGUGGCUUGAGGAGCUCAAGUAUGACGAGACAGGAUAGUGGUGCUGCUAGUGAUCAGUUUGAAAUGCCUGGUGCUAUGCCGGCCGGGACGCCGGUUCCUGAGGGUGCUUGA